CGCAGAGGAAGCCGUUGCUUUUUGGGAUCUGGUUAGAGCAAAAAAGACGUGUGCCCCAACAACGGGGUUCCAGAAGGUAACUUGGAGUUGGAAGAGCAAAGGACACCUCCACGCUGUGGAUUUGGAGUUCUCUGUCCAUGGGUGCAGCAUCCAUGCUCCGCUUGUGAGUUCUGUCCCGGGAGAGCAGCCAUGGCAUUGAAGAACGUGCCCUUUCGCUCAGAUGUCCUGGCCUGGGACCCCGACAGCCUUGCAGACUAUUUCAGGAAGCUGAACUACAGGGACUGUGAGAAGGCAGUGAAAAAGCAUCACAUUGAUGGGCAGCGGUUUUUGAACCUGACAGAAAAUGACAUCCAGAAGUUCCCUAAGCUCCGGGUGCCGAUUCUCAGUAAGUUGAGUCAAGAAAUCAACAAGAAUGAAGAGAGAAGGAGCAUCUUCACACGCAAACCCCAAGUCCAGCGGUUUCCUGAAGAGACAGAAAGCCAUGAAGAGGACAAUGGGGGCUGGUCAUCCUUUGAUGAAGAUGACUAUGAGAGCCCUACCGACGAUCAGAACGAGGAUGACAAUGACGACUAUGAGUCACCCAACGAGGAGGAAGAGGCACCCGUGGAAGAUGAUGCGGAUUAUGAGCCGCCGCCCUCCAAUGAUGAGGAGGCCCUGCAGAACUCUAUCCUGCCUGCCAAGCCUUUCCCCAACUCCAACUCCACGUACAUCGACCGGCCCCCCUCCAGCAAAGUCCCUCAGCAGCCGCCCGUGCCCCCCCAGAGACCGACAGCCGGGUUCCCUCCUCCGUCGGCAGGCCGGAGUCACGCGCCACUCCCCCCACCCCAACCAAACCACGAAGAGCCUAGCAGAAGUAGAAACCAUAAAACAGCAAAGCUCCCUGCUCCUUGCAUAGACAGAAGCACGAAACCUCCCCUCGAUCGUUCAUUAGCCCCAUUUGACAGAGAGCCCUUCACACUAGGAAAGAAGCCCCCGUUUCCUGACAAGCCCUCCGCCCCCGCGGGAAGGCCUCUCGGGGAGCAUUUACCCAAGAUGCAAAAGCCUCCUUUACCUCCAGCCACUGAAAGACAUGACAGGGGUAGCCCCCUGCCCGGGAAGAAGCCACCUGUGCCCAGGCACGGAUGGGGACCAGACAGAAGAGAGAAUGAUGAAGAUGAUGUGCAUCAAAGACCUUUGCCUCAACCCACAAUGCCCUCCAUGAGCUCCAAUACUUUCCCUUCCAGAUCCACCAAGCCAUUGCCCAAGCACCUCCUCCCGUCACCUCACAUGCUUGGAGCAUUCUCUGAAAGUAACAGUGGUUUCCCACAGAGUGCCUCCCUGCCUCCAUACUUCUCUCAAGGCCUUAGCAACAGACCACCUCCUAGAGCUGAAGGAAGAAACUUCUCCUUGCCAGUUCCGAACAAACCUCGAUCACUGUCUCCUGGGGAAGAAGAGAAUUCAUUAAAUGAAGAAUGGUAUGUUUCUUACAUUACCCGACCAGAGGCAGAAGCUGCUCUUAGGAAGAUAAACCAGGAUGGCACUUUCCUGGUUAGAGACAGCUCUAAAAAAACAAUAGCAAAUCCAUAUGUCCUCAUGGUGUUGUACAAAGAUAAAGUUUACAACAUCCAGAUCCGUUAUCAAGAGGAAAGCCAAGUUUACUUGUUGGGAACUGGACUCCGAGGGAAAGAGGACUUCUUGUCUGUGUCAGAUAUUAUUGACUAUUUCAGGAAAAUGCCACUUCUGCUCAUUGAUGGGAAGAACCGAGGCUCCAGAUAUCAGUGCACGUUAACGCAUUCUGCAGGUUAUCCCUAGCAAGUUAGCCAAACAAAUGAACCUUCCUCCUGCCUCUGUUGCCAGCCUGGGAAGAUCAGUCAACCGUGGUGAAUGGACAAACACUUAGAACUGAAUCAAACUCCUCAACAUGAGCACAAGGUUUUGACCUUUCGCAUAAAAAAGUGUUUGAAAUGAAGACUGUCAAGUAUCUCAUAAUUUAUUUAUUCUUCUUCAAUGUUUGUAAAGUGCAUGAGUUAAUACUGUGCACACUUGAAGUCUAGUAGUGCACUGUAAUAAUUCAUUUAAAAAAAUGUGUACUUUGGAAUACCCAUUUCAAAGUACAGUAGUUUAUAUAGUUACAGAAAUAAUUUGAGGCAAAUUUAAAAACACUGAAACAGUAGUAGUUUUUGAUAUCACAUAAAACUGAUUUUUUUUAAUAGCCAAACCUUUGUUAGUCAGAGGCAAUCCUCAGUUUUAUACAUAUAAUUUGAAAAUUUCUAAAAGUCACUUUCUCAGCAGCAAUAAUUUAAGAGGCUUCAAACUAUUUCAUCCUUUCUUAUUUGGUGUUUUUUGCUGGGGGGAUUUUUGUGUACUUUUUUAUGAAAAGAUAUAUGCAUGAUGGGAUAACUUCCUAGGAUUAAAAUUAAUUUCCCUUUUGCUUUACUUUUGUGUUCCUAAAACUAUUGACUUUGUUUAGUCCAUACUAUUAUAUUUUUGUUUUAAAGCAAAUUUAAGCUACAAAUACCGAAAGUAAUCAUUUUAAAUUUAGAGACGAGGCUUUGGUGUCAAAUACGUCUGGAUAUAAGUGCAUCAUAUCCCAACACCCACAUCCCACCUCCUCUGCAAUUCCCACAACUCCAAAAGCAUUUUCAAGUGAUGUGGAUUUUACCAAAGUCUUCCAGCAAAGAUGAAAGAGCAUUGCAUAUACACAGAAAAAUGUGAUCAGACUUGCCUAUUAGAUGCCUUCCUUCCAUCUCUUUUAUCCCCUGACAACUCUACCAUAAAGCCCUUCUCAUCAUCAUUCCUAAAAAGGCUUGAUAGAUCCUUUGAAGCAACGCAGCUCUUUCCUUCAGCUUACUUAUCUCACUUAACAGACAGUAGUAGGUAUUCAGCACAACAAAAACCAGGCAUUUGGUUGUUCUUCAAGUUUUCCCCUUGGGGGCCUUGGUUAUUAUUCCACAACUUUCAUUAACGACAAAAAUUUUCGGCUUCUCUACUUAAUCUGCAAGUUUUCUGAGGGGCAAAGAAAAAUAUCUUGCCUCUUCAUUUUCAUAAGUUAAUUAAUAGAACAUCAGAAGGGAGCUUAGACGUCACCUGGUUAAAACUGAUAAUUUGCUAAGAUAACAGGUAUGUGGAGACUUUUAACCAAUGAUGAUGAUAAUGUUUCAUCAAGCUUCAUCCUUACAAACUGGGAGUUCUCAAUUUAGGGUCCAGAGCUAGGGAGUUCUAAAGCUGAAAAAUCUUCAUUCAUUUCCAUGUUUAUUCAACAGGAUUUCAACAAGCAUUUAAUUAGUGCCUAUUCUGUGUUAAACACUGAGUUGGGUGGUGAGGAUAGCAGACACUGUGAGCUGAUCUUGUGUCUUGCUUUAGGGCCUACUGUCCUUUAUGUUUGAAAAUCUCUGAAAUGAAAGAGGUCAUAGAUUUCAAAGCAACUAUUUGGUAGUGAAUCAUGUCCGCUGCCAUGUCUCUACCCUCUUCUACCUGCCAUAUGUAGGAAACCAGUCUAACAGAAGAGGAUAAAGUCAAUGCACAGAAAUAGAACCAGGUUAUAAACAGAUGAUAAAUUAGUAGAGUCCCUGACAUCUAUUUCAACCGCUUCCAAGUCACAUGACCCAAUAAAUGCUUCAGCUAACUUGAGUUGUUUUUGGCACUUGUUACCAGGAGAGAUCUGAUUAAUACAAAUUCAUACCAUCCACUUCUAAUUUGGUGAACUCUCUUUCAAUCUGAGCCAAAUUCAAGCAUAAAGUAAAGGAUAAGCAAUGUCCCAAGGCCAAUUUCCUAUAUCAUAUUCUUGCCACUAGUGAAAUGAAUUAGCCAUUCUUCGAAACAUUAAAACAAUAAAACAGCCUUCAAGAAUAUUAAAUAAUUAUUUACAACUCAUAUUUUUAUUUUGUUUUUUAUCAUAUUAAAUAUAUUAGUAGACUCAAUUCUCCCAGAUACAUGUUAAUUCUACAAUAAAUACAGUUACAAAUUCACAACAAACAAAAAGAAAUCAGAUAGAAAAACUGGUAGAAGCAAAGGAUACAUCUGAUAUUUUAGAUUCUUCAAAGAGGGGGGUUUUCCCUUCUGGUUCCUGUAAGUCAUCUGUCUUCACAGGAUGAUUAAAAUGUAAAGUAAGGUCGCAAAGCAGCAACUGGGAGAGCUCUGUGUAAAACAAAAUAAUAGAAGAUACUGUCCUGGAGCACAUAUGUCAUAGACAACUAUUAUUACCUUUUUUUUUUUUAAAGAUUUUAUUUUGGGUGGGUGCCUGGGUGGCUCUCAGUUGAGUGUCUGACUCCUGAUUUCAGCUCAAGAUCUCAGGGUCCUGAGAUGGAGGCCCGUGUCAGGCUCUGGUUUCAGCUCGGAGUCUGCUUGAGAUUCUCUCUCUCCCUCUCCCUCUUCCCCUUGCCCCCCUCGAACUCUCUCUCUCUCUAAAAUAAAAUCUUUGAAAAAAAAAAGAUUUUAUUUUUACAUAAUCUCUAUACUCAGUGUGGGCCUCGAACCCACAACCCUGAGUUCAAGAAUUGCAAGAAUUCCUGUUCUGUAUUUUCCUCCUAAGAAAAAGGUAAUUUCUUUAUAAGCCUCAGCACUUAUAAACAACCAACCAAGCCAGCCAGGUGUCCCUAUUAUUACUUUUAGUAGCUAUUUCUAAUUCUUAGUUUUCUCCUAAGUGAUUAUUGAUCAGACCACAAUUAAGUGUGCCCCAUUUUGACUUAAAGUCAAAUUUAUAUACUAUAAAAUAAGCAUGGCAUAAAAAUUAACUAGAAGGCUCCACUACCUUACUGAACUGCAACUUGAUUUAUACAAAUUUGAUUUAUGCUUUUUGUAAAGUUACUAUUUUUGUGUUAUAUGUUAUGUAUAGAGAAUCAAACAGGUCUAUAAAGCAUGUUACAAAUAUUAGCAGUUCCUAUCUCCAAGAGGCAACCACUUUUAACUUUUUUUUCUUGCUCAUAUUGUUUUUGUUGCUUUUGUUGUUUUGUAUGUGUCUGUGUUUGGUGUCUUUUGGUUUUGUUUGGGGGGCAGGUAUUUACCUCCAUAUCUCUAAAUGACAUUCAUAUUUUAUUUUUUCAACUGUAGGUAUUAUCUAUGUGCUUCUGACUACAGAAGAUUAUGAUACAGUUCUUUUCACUCACCCCCCACUCCCCCAGAGUGUACUUAAGAGUACAAUAUUUUUUUAUUUUUAUUUUUUUUAAAGAUUUUAUUUGUUUAUUUGACAGAGAGAGAGAGCGAAAGCAGGAACACAAGCAGGGGGAGUGGGAGAGGGAGAAGCAGGCUUCCCACCGAGCAGGGAACCCGAGGUGGGGUUCGAUCCCAGGACCCUGGGAUCAUGACCUGAGCCGAAGGCAGAUGCUUAACGACUGAGCCACCCAGGCACCCAAGAGUACAAUUUUUGUUAGCUCAAUAUUUAAAGGUUAAAACGUUUUGAUUAUAUAAAUAUUCUCCACAGCUGAGCCUUGCAGUACAUUUCCCUUCCUGCAUGGUGCCACCCAAUCAGUUAGUAAUUUUCUUGUCUUCACUGCUUAAUUAUCAUAAAUAUAUCCCAAAUCUUCCCCAGUUGGGCCGAUCUCCUUCAAGUAUAUAGUCAGAUGCCUUAGCUAUCUGAUUGUUGAAAGUCUCUCCUCUCCUAGAGCCUUAUGAUCUACUCUAGUCUGGACUGCUUGCUCUCUAGAACUGCAGUACAGCACACAUCUGAAAACUCCCUUCACCAUUAUCCUAGGGACUUCUUUCCUCCCUCCCUUGUGUGGAGUAUCCUUUUUCCAGAAUCUCAUUUCUUUCUCUUUUGGUCUGCUACCUUCUUUGGUGGAAUAUGACCUCAGUAAUCAGUAACUUUCUGAAGGGGGAAAAAUUUUAUG